CCUAGAGAGAGGUAUCUAGCCAAGUUUUGGUGAGCAGACAAAAUGACCACUCGUUACCACCAAGCUGCUAGUGAUGGCUACCUUGACCUUCUCAAAGAGGCGACCAAGCGAGAUCUGAACCUGUGUGAUGAAGACGGUAUGACACCCACGCUCCUGGCUGCCUACCACGGGAACCUAGAAGCUCUGGAAGUUAUCUGCAGCAGAGGGGGUGAUGCUGACAGAUGUGACAUCUGGGGAAACACUCCUUUACAUUACGCAGCAUCCAACGGCCAUGCCCACUGUGUCUCGUUCCUGAUCAACUUCGGAGCCAACAUCUUUGCCCUAGACAAUGACCUGCAGUCUCCGCUGGAUGCCGCAGCCAGCAGGGAGCAGAAUGAAUGCGUUGCUCUCCUGGAUAAAGCUGCCACUGCCCAGAAUAUCAUGAACCCCAAGAAAGUCACCAGGUUGAAGGAGCAGGCCCAGAAGAAUGUCCAGAGGCAGAUCAAAGAGUGUGCAAGACUCCAAGAGAAACACCAAAAUAAGAUGACUCGCACUUACAGCAAGGAGGAUUCUGGGAUGCCCUCUUCCAAGGGCACCUUCUCCAGGUCAACCACGUCCCAUGCUUCUGUACCUGGUACGUUUGGAUCCCUGUCUAAGGGCAUUAAAGACACUUUCAAGUUAAAAUUCAAGAAGAGCAAAGAUACAGCAGAGCAGGUGGGAAAGGGAGAGAGAAGUGGGCAGAGGAAUGUGAUGGAAGUGUUCAGAGAGGAAGAAGAAGAUUCUGUCUCUGGUGACUUCAAAGAGAAACUCCACUUCUCAAUGGAAGAGGACAAUGAAGCUCAGCACGAGUCCAUUCUUAACCGUCCAGGUCUAGGCAAUAUCGUGUUUAAAAGAAGCAGUGUCUGGAGCCCUGAAGAUAUCGACGACAGCAAGAGAGAGCUGGGAUUUAAAAUGUCCAGUGAUUUGUUCCAAAGACACGGAGCCUCAGAGGCUGAUGAAGCUGAGGAGGAUGAUGAAGAGGGAGAGAAAAAUGGCCUGGGAGGUGACCUGCCCUGGGAUGAGGAAGAAGUUGAGUGGGAAGAAGAUGUGGUGAAUGCCACUCCCUUGGAAGUGUUCUUACAGUCUCAGCACCUGGAAGAAUUCCUUCCCAUUUUCAUGAGAGAACAGAUUGAUCUAGAAGCUCUGUUGCUCUGCUCUGACGAGGACCUUCAGAAUAUACGAAUGCAGUUAGGGCCCAGGAAGAAAGUUCUUAAUGCUAUCAAUAGAAGGAAGCAAACACUGCAAGAGCCUGGGCCUCUGAUUGAUACCAGCCUCUAAUGGAGACUUUUAGGGUCAAUGGUAUGAGCCUGCAGCAUGGACUUAAUACUGUGAAUCACCGGAAACACUCCAGGCAAUGCCCCCUUUCUUCCCAAUCAGAGAAAAUGGCCCACGCCAGGCACUGGUAGCACCUGCCUGUAAUCCCAGCUACUCAAGAGGCUGAGAUCUGAGGAUCAAGG